CGUCGAUCGGAACCUUCGCAUUCACUCGUCGCACUUGAUUUGUGUAUUAUUUUUAGGAGGUCUGAAUCGCUGCGAUCCCCUCCAUCCAUCAAUCCUUCCAGAAAGAUCUCCCCUCCCCACAACCGAUGGGUCUCAAACACGGCUUGAAUCUCUUCCGUAAAACCAUGUCUGGAGAAAAGAUCUACGAAGGCGUUUUCGCCGUCCACAAACCCCAAGGCGUCACCUCCGCCGACGUAAUCCGCACCCUCCAACACCACUUCAACCCCUCAGAGACCUUCCGCCCAUGGCUCGAAACCGAGCGCGCCCGCCGCAACCGCGAAAGCCAAUUCCAGCGCCGCCGGCGCCGCACACAGCGUCUGGACGUGAAGAUCGGCCACGGCGGCACGCUGGACCCGCUCGCGACAGGCGUGCUCGUCACGGGCGUCGGCAAGGGCACGAAGAAUCUGAACGAUUUCCUCGGCUGCACCAAGUCCUACGAGACGGUUGUGCUGUUCGGUGCGGAGACGGACACUUACGAUAAGCUGGGGAAGGUUGUGCGCCGUGCGCCGUAUGAGCAUAUCACGCGUGAGGCGGUCGAGGCUGCGCUGGAGCAGUUCCGUGGGAAAAUCAUGCAGCGGCCGCCUAUCUUUUCGGCGCUGAAGGUGCAGGGGAAGAAGCUUUAUGAGUAUGCGCGUGAGGGCAAGGCGCCGCCUAUUGAGAUUAAGGAGCGGCCUAUUGAGGUGUCGGACUUGCGUGUGCUGGAGUGGUAUGCCCCCGGCACGCACGACUACCAGUGGCCUGCGGAGGAGGCUCCCGAGGAGGAGAAGGCUGUUGCGGAGAAGCUGCUGGAUGCGCAGCCGACUGGAUCGUCGACUGUCGAGGGCAGUGCCGAGAGCAAGGCGGAAGAGCAGGAGGGAGCGUCGUCGACGAAGCGGAAAUCGCCGCCCCCUGCUGGUGACGAAGGCAGCGAGCCCGGGAAGAAGCAGAAGGUGUCUGCGGAAGGCGACGCUGUCCCUACUCAGACGGAGGAGUCAUCCUCCUCUCCCUCCAAGACUGCUCCUGCCACCGACGCGCCGGAGUCCACUCCCGCAGAGGAGACGAAGGCGGAGGAGAAAGCGGAGAAGAAAGAGGGCGAGGAAGAGAAGAAGGAAAAGCCCACACCUCCCCAGCCAGCAGCCGUCAAAAUCACCAUGACAGUCUCAUCCGGAUUCUACGUCCGCUCGCUGGCGCACGACCUCGGCAAAGCCCUCGGCAGCUGCGGCCUCAUGAGCGCGCUCAUCCGCACCCGCCAGGCGGAUUUCGAACUCGAGGAGGACAAGAUCCUCGAGUAUAAGGAUUUGGAGGCCGGGGAGGAGGUUUGGGGUCCGAAGGUGCAGCGGUUUUUGGAACAGUGGGAGGAGAAGAGGGUUGCGGGGUUGAAGAAGGGUAGUCGGUCGCCUUCGCCUUCUUAGGUUUGUGUGAGAUUAUCUUUAUCUUGAUUGAUAGAUAUUGGGGGAAGGAAUGGC